AUGUUCGAGAAAUUCGAUUCUGCCGACUUUGGAGGAUUUGAAUGUUCUGACCUUGUGGAGGUCACUGACGAGGAGGCUGAUCCUGAGAAGAAAGAGAACAAGCGAGCUAUCGAGCUUGCAGACUAUCUUACCCUCAGUGACAAAGGUGUACAGACGAACUACACUCAAAAUCAGCAUCACUCCGAGGCAGAAACAUUUUCAAUAAUUUCUAAGGAGAGCACGUCCAAAAAGAAGCUUUCGCCUACUCCAAUGGAUUUGCUGGAUAUAUCCGCAGCUACUAAAGCCCCUCAUAUUUUUCUCGUUUGCGAGAGGAUUAUCAAACAAAGCGAGGAGCCAUUUGAUUUGAAGCAGCAGGCAUGA